AUGACCGUAGACUCAGUUCCUCUUAAUACUGGAGCCAAACUUCCACUUUUUGGAUUGGGAACAUGGCAAGUGAAGGAUGAGACCGAGUUGACUGUGGCUCUUCGUGCUGCUUUGGAUGGUGGAUAUAGACUUAUUGACACUGCUCAUCUCUACCAAAAUGAGCACAUCAUCGGAGAAGUCCUCCAUGAGUACAUCUCAUCUGGAAAGAUCAAACGUGAAGAGCUCUUCAUCACAUCCAAACUUCCAUUCGUUGCUCAUGCUCCAGAAGAUGUUGCAAACUGUGUGGAGAGCCAAUUGAAGGCUCUGAAACUCGACUACAUUGAUCUCUAUUUGAUCCAUUGCCCAUGCCCAUUCAAGCAUCAAGAGGGUAACUUGUUGCCACUUUUGGAAGACGGAAAGUUGGUUUUCGACGAGAAGACCUCUCAUAUGGACACCUGGAAAGAGUUGGAAAAGCUGUACCACGCCAAGAAACUGAGAGCCCUUGGAGUAUCCAACUUCAGUGCCAAACAACUUGAAGAGCUCUACAAUCAGGCUGAAGUGAAACCCUCGAACAUCCAAGUCGAGUGUCACAUCUAUUGGCCCCAAGAACAUCUCCGCAGCGUUUGCAAAAAACUCGGAGUAACCUUUACUGCAUACGCGCCACUUGGUUCUCCAGGCAGAAAAGCUGCUCGUCCGGACGGAGUUUGGCCAGAAGGUGACCCACUUCUCGAGCCUGUCGUCCAACAACUGGCAGCCAAGUAUCACAAAACUGCUGCACAGAUUCUGAUCCGUCACCUGACUCAACAUGGAAUCUCCGCAAUUCCAAAGAGUAUCAGUCCAGAUAGAAUCAUCGAGAACAUUUCGACUUUUGACUUCAAAUUGAGCGAUGAGGAUAUGCAUGCAUUGGAUACUGUUCCAACUAGAAUCAGACUCUUCAUUUUUGAUUUCGCCGUUGGACACCCACUGUUCCCACAUGACGAUGUUGAUGAGACCACCACUCCAAAAUCUGGAUUCAAGCUCCACUAG